GCCCUCGCUCUCACCCCUGCGCAUCCUCGCGUUUAGCCACCGCACUCUCACCCAACUCUCACCGCACAUCAUGUCGAACUCCGUGCUCAAGUCCUUCGACCCCCUCGCGACCCACCCCUUCACCAACAACUCCGGGCUCCUCCCUAAGCCUGCCGCCCCCUCGCAGUACCCCCACCACUCGCCAUCGAAAGCGUCCCCCGCGAACAACGGCCAGGGCCCCAUCAUCCUCACCACCUCCCCCGUCCACGCGCCACAGCCCAAGCGGGCCGCGCCCAAGUCAUCCGGACACAAGCCCAUCUUCGUCCCCUUCCGUCCAGAGCGCUCCUCACCAGAGCUCGAGGACAUCCUGCUCAAGAAGAAGUUCGUGGACGCGUUCCAUGGCAAGGGGUCAUGGGGCAUCGACCAGGUCCCUCUACCCUCCGCGGUCCCGUCCUCGGGGAAGCAGGGCAAGGCCCAGUGAUGUAAUCACCCCUCAUACCCCAUGUGAUGUUCUAUACCCACUAUCAUCCCACCACUGUCUAUCACGAAGUCACGACUAUGCACCGGCCUUGCGAGUCAUUCCCACCGCGCACCCCCACUCCUCGCGGCGAGCCCCGCGCCGCCCGGCACUACCAUACCCUCAGGUCUACUCAAGCGAAGCAUGCCGAGUCGCAUUGUAUUAUACUUAGGAGGGUUCCUGUAAAUAGCGCAGGGUAAUGGGCCAUCGUGGUCACUACUAGGACCGGGCGUAUCUUUCACUCAUGUUACGUAUCGCUCGCAUCUUGCAUCUUGCUCUCUACCUACGUUCUGCACCAUCUGGCUCGUUCACCUGUCUUCUGCACCAUCGCAAUCAUAAUGUACCAUGCUC